UUAAGGCAAAGGAUGCUUCGAAAUUUGCGCAGUUUGCGUGCGGUUUUCGGAGCAAUAGGAUGCAGCAGCAGCAGCAGUAAAACCAACGGCCGCCAAAGAAACAGCUUCAGCGGGUUAAAUUCUAGAAAGGAGUUUGUCCACAGUGCUUGAACAAUUGAAUACCAAAUAAACUGAAAUUAAGUGAAUGGAAAAGCAAAGUAUAAACAAUUUAAAGUGACUUGAGGGAAUCAUAAAUACAAAGAGGUGUGGAAAGUUCGCUGGUUUUUUUUGGGCUCUGCAAGGACCCUUGGAUUACCUUGCGGGGCAACCGAAAUCGGGAGGACUCCUUCGCCGGCGGAUGCCUUGUAGCGACGGGAAAAAAUAAACCGAAAGGAAAGGAAGAGAAGAUCGAAGCAGGCUGCAACACGGAGAUAUUGCAGCUGCAGCAGCAAUAAGAGGAAAACUAAGAGGCAUAGAAACUCCGUCACUCCUUUUCACCCCAAUUUUUUUGGGCAGUGCAACAAUAACAUUGGGCAGCGGUUGAAGCGGCGCUGCAGCCGCAUAAAAUGGCCGCAGCGACAACGAUUGCAGCGGCAAUAACAACACCAGCAACAUGAGCGCAACCUGCAACAGCUGCAGCAGCAACAUUCCGCGGCAACGCCGAUAAUAACAAUGCUGAUUAUGAUUUCGAUGUUGAUGAUGAUGCAGACGAAGACGCUGAAGCGGAUGAUGAUGAUGAUGAUGUUGAUGACGACGUUGCCGAGCUGCAGUUUCAAGAGCCACAACACAACGCCAAGUGCCAACGAGAAUUAAGUGCCAAAGGCAACCGCAACAGCAGUAACAGCAACAGCAGCAACAGCAGCAGCAACAGCAACACAGCAGCAACAGCGAAAAGAUUUUUCGCCAGCCAAGCAGAAUCAAAACUAAAUUUACAUAACAAAACACGAGCAGACAAAACAGAAGUGGAAAUACCCUAGAAGAAUCUCCAUUUCUCAGAAGCGAAAUCAAAAAACAAAAAAAAAGGAAGGGUAAAAGCAAAACAAGUAGAAAACCCGGCAGCAACAUCAGCAGCUGCAACACCGCCGGCAGCAACAUGUCGACUACACUGAGCGAAAGGGGGCGUGGCGCCUUCUGGGUGAUGCUCCUGCUUGCCACCACAUGGGGCGGCGGUGGCUGGGCGGCGCCCACAGUGAGUGGUGCAGCGGUGGUGGUGCAGAACAAGUCGCAAUCGCACCACCAUUACCACCAUUUGGAAAUCGGAGUGCAGGGCAAUACGCCCACGCUGAUGGAGGCGAGCACCACCAGGGGUGGAAAGCAUGCACCACCGGUGACUACUAAGGCACCAUCAAUGCCCAGCAGCAGCAGCACCACCACCACAACCACCGAGUUGCCAAGAGCCACUGAGGAAAACCAGGCGGCUAAACAAGUGUCAACUUUAAAAACAGCUGAAAUUGAAAUAUCUGCAAUAAGUUCUACUGAAAGUAGCACCACUGAAGGUGGCUCCACUGAAAGGAGCACCACCGAAGGAAGUAAUACUAGAGGAAGCACCACUGAAGGCAGCAGCACCACUGAAAGCAGUAGCACCACUGAAAGAAGCUCCGCAGAAAGGAGUUCUUUAAUAACAAGUAGCUCCACUGAAAGUAGUGCCACUGAAAAUAUCCCCACUGAAAGUAGCACCACUGAGACUACCAGCACCACUGAAAAGCCAACAAUAACCACUGAGACUCCGCUAAAAUCUACUGAAAUUAGCAGCACCACUGAAGCGACCGCUCCAUCAAAUCAAACAACAGCACCACCCAGUCGAGAAAUCCACAAAGAAUUGCUGCAGGUGGUGCAGCUUAUAGAUUUGGAGCUUACGGUGGCUCCGCCUUUGGACAGUGGUCACGAUGGCCUCAAGUUGACCAAGAAGAAGCAGCUGCAGCAGCAGCACUUCCCCACCACCACCGUGGCCAGCACCACCAUUGAAACGGAAGUGGAGCGGAUACCCACCACCAGCAGCACCACUGUUUCCACUGCAAGUGCCAGUAGCAGCACCACUUCAACGGUGACAGAAAGUAGCACCACUUUAUCAACUGAUAAAGAAAGUAGCACCACCAUUUCAAGUGAAACAGAAAGCAGCACCACCAUUUCCACAGAGAGUGCAAGUAGCACCACCAGCAGAUCACCACCACCCUUGCUGCCCGUUCACAAUGGCUACUUGGGACCCAUUUUCAUGGGCGAGAAAACCUUCAGUGUGGUGCACCCGCUGAAGAAACCACAGCCCGCCAACCACCAGCAUGUGGCUUCCAUUGAGAGUCAAUUGCGAAACGGACGACUGGUGGAGAUUUUGGCACCCACUGCGCUGCUGGAGCAGAUUUCCCAGACCAGCACCACCCAUGCACCACCAGCUGGCUCCGCCUCGGUGCUCUCAACCACCGUUUUCCAAGUGCCCGAACUGCAGACCAGCACCACCCGCUUACCCACCAAUAAUAAUAAUAAUAAUAAUAAUAAUAAUAAUAAUGUUGGUGGCUUGGAGUUGCCUGGUCAACCACGCACGGAAUCCAAGAUAUCGGAUAUCCAAAUCGAAGUCUACGAUUCUACAGUGGAUUCCAUAGUGGCUUCUACGAAUUUCCGGGACAACGAGGGCUUCUAUGCACCACCCCAGAGCCCCGUGGAGUUGGGCACCACCAAACCACCGCGUGAAAUGCCACAGGAAAGAUUCACCCAAUACGUGAUUGAUCGCGCGGAUGUGUCCACUCAGCCCGCCGGUGGUGCAGGUGGUGCAGGUGGUGCAACGGUGGGUAAACCCGAACCGGCGGCCAUCGAGAUCCACAUAAAUGUUUCCGAGGCUUUUGGCAGCGAAAGCGAGGAUCUGGAAUUCUCCUACAGGCAACCGGAAAAGCAGGGAAAACCCAGCGACGAAAUCCUGGUGGUGGAGAUAAUCGACAGUGGUUCGGAUAACAGCAGCUCCGAAUCGGGUGGUUCGUCCUCCGCCAGUGGUGAGCACAUCAAUCCGAUCUUCACCUUCCGCAAUUCAGACGCCGCCGCUGCACCACCGCCACCCGUGCGACCACCACAAUCGGUCCAGGAUGCCGAUGAGCUGUUUAUGGCGGAUCUGAAGGACGGCGGUGGUUCAGUGCCACGCCCACCGCCACCACCACCACCGCCGCCGCCGCGAAAGCCGAGCAUCGAUCGCGAUUCGGAUACCAUAUUCUAUAUAUCGAACACCGAGGUGAAGGUGGGCGAGUCGCUGCCCACGGUGGUGCCGGUGGGUGAGCAGCAGCAGCGCAAGUUCCAGCUGGAGAACCAGUUCUUCCCCGCCAGCUACGUAAUGGACCAGCACCACCAGCAGCAGCAGCAACAGCAGCCCGAAGAGGAUAUCAUUCUGUCGCCAGUGCACCACAAUUCGGAUCCCAUGAAGAUAUUCCGCAGUUCCUCCUCCUCCUCCUCUUCUUCUUCUUCGUCGAGUAGCAGUGGCGAUGGCGCACCACCGCUGGACGUGACCUAUGUGGGUGAGUCGGUGAUCGAGGUGGAGCAGCAGCCGCAGGGUUGGAGCAGCACCGCUGCACCGCCGCAGCAGCAGCAGCAGGACAUCAUCAUCCAACCGGCGGUGCUUCCGGACUUGGCCAUUGGAGUUCCGGUCAUUGGGGAGCUGCCACCACAGAUCGAGCUGAAGGAGAUCGACUAUAUGCCCGGUGAACUGGGAUUGGGUCAGAGUGGAAUCGGAAUCUACGAGAACGACAUCCAGAGCAACAGCAUCGACAGCGAACCGGAUGUGAUCGAGAGCUCCAUUCAGUAUGGUGGUGAUCUCAUUGACGAUGGAGCGGGCGGUGGCUUCGAUGGCGUGGAGGGUUCGUAUCCCUUCGAGAGUCCCUCGCACCGCCAGCUGCAGGUGGGUCGUGGGUUGAGCCACCAGCCGUACCACCCGAAGCCCAACCACCUGCACCGCGAACAGCUUCCGGUGGCCGAGAUGGUCAACGCCACGCUGCUCCAGCGGUACGAUGGUGGUUCCGGAUCGGGAUCAGGAUCAGGAUCUGGAUCGGGAUCAGGAUCGGGAUCAGGAUCGGGAUCGGGAUCGGGAUCUGCUUCAGCCAUGGCUCCUCUGUUGGCCAGCGGAAGUGGCAGGAGCGGUAAUGCCACCGCUCUCGCGGAGGAUCCCCUCGGCGACUACGAUGGCUUCUUCAAUCUCUUUGCUGUUUCCAUGGGUCUAAUCAUCGUCAUUCUGCCCUCAGCCUUGCUGCUUUCCAUGUACUGCGCUAUCAAGUACGUCAUGGGCAAAAACGCAGGAUCGGGAGCGGGUGGCGCCCAAGGCGAUGACAGCGAACAGGGCCAGGAUUCCAAGCACGAGGACAUUUCGCGAAAUGCCCGAGAAACGAAAAUGCACACGGACAAGGAUGGGGUCUUUGUGGUCGAGGUGGCCCGUGGCAUCGAUUCGAAGCAGCUGGCCGGAGAUCACGCUGGCGUGGCACUGGACUCAACCGAACUGCCCUUCGACAACAAAAUGGCGCCCAGGGGGCAUUUGCUAGAGAAGAGUCUGCCGCCCAGCCACGAACAGGUGCAGAUCCACGCACCACCGCAGGACUUUGCCGCCGGUCAUCCUGCACCACUUCACCUCAUCGAGGAGGCCGAGGAGCACGUGACCGAGGAUCUUGGCCAGCAAACCAAUGAAGCCCCCUCGAAUCCUGCUCAAACUGGCCUUUCGCAAUCGGAUCUUAGUUCGACUUCGUCGGGGGACUCAAAUAAGCGAUACUCGUACGGCAACCAGGAACUUUACGUCAUUGAACAGCCGGGCUAUGCCACCAGUUCGCCCACAGCUAAGCCAAUUCUGCUGAGUCCCGAUCAAAAUGAGGGAAAAGAAUUUGAGCAAAAGAAUCAGGGUUUGGGUAGUCCCGAACAAACUGAGAAGAAUUCAAGCCAGGACUCCAAGAAAUUGGACGAAGAAGUUGGUAAGCCAGCAGAGAUGUUACCAACAGAAGUAUCUGAGGUUUUACCAGAGAAAAAAUCUGAAAUGGAAGUGGAGCCUACACCCAAAACUGAAGUGAAAGUGGAAGCUCUUCCUCCAAAAGAUGAAGUUAAUCCACCAAAAGAGGAAGUUGUUCUACCAAAAGAGGAGGUUCUUCCACCAAAAGAGGAAGUUCUUCCCACAAAUGAGGAAGUUCCUCCCCCAAAAGAGGAGAUCCCACCACCAAAAGAGGAGAUCCCACCCCCCACAGUAGAAAUUUCGCCACCAAAGGAAGAACAACUUCAGAUUGAUAACCAACCCGAAAAAGAUCUAGAUGAAAAAGAGCUAGACAACCAAGUUGAAUCAAAAUCAAAGGAGGAACUACAAAUGGAUUCCGCACCAGAACCAGUUGAGUCCCACACCGAAAAGGACACCGAACAACCGACCGAAUCCCAGCCAGAAGUUGAGAUUCAAGACGAACCGGAGGCGGAGAGCAACUACGACAGUCUGAUGAGCCUGCCGGCGCCUCCUUCCACGGAGGAGAUCAAGGAGCUCGGCGACUACGCGCUGAUGGAGUCCAACCAGUUGGACAGCCUGCCGCCGCCACCGCCGCCGCUCCUGGAAGCCACCACCGGUGCACCACCAGCACCACCAUCACCACCAGUCAUCGUUUCGAAUGGCAAUGGCAAUGGGCAGAUCGUCAAGGUCACCGGGGUAACCGGGGUGACCGGGGUGACCUCACCGAGCGGUGAUGAGGAGCCGGCCACCCUGACACCCCCCGCCUCGCCGCCCGCCUCACCACCGCCGCCCUCCCAGACAUCGACGCAGUAUGGCAGCAAUGGCUUGACCAACGGCAUCCAUCCCAUGGCCGUCGUCGAUGUGAACGGCAGUUAAGAAAGGCCAGGUAAGCACGCCGGGUUAAGCAGCGGCUCCAGAUCUCCAUCUGGCCAUCUGGGCUUUUUUUUCAUCGGAUCUCAUAGAGAUCCAACGGGAUAACUGACUAUCCCAUGGAGAAAACUAGCUUGUAAGGAUUACUAGGAGUACUGACCCCCCUAAAAAAAAAAAAAAAAAAAAAUAAGAUGAAACUGUGGCAAAACUUAAAUUUAAAUAUACACUAAAUAGAGCGAAACUUUUUCCACUUACUGUUUGUUGAUUUUCAAAUAUAACGAGUAAUAACAAUUAAAUGCGAUUAAUAUAAAUAAAUCAUAAUUAAUUGUUUGUCUAUUUGCAACUGGCAGCCUCUCUUCUCCUCUCUCCCCCCUUGUACCACCCUUUUACCGCCCUUUACCACCCCUUUUUCAACCACCCACCAACCACCUAGCAUCCACCAUCUACCACCCAUCUCUCCUUUCAGCGGGGGAGGUGCGGCUAACGAGUAUUUCAAUGUCUAUAACUACAGUACAGUAAAGCAGAAUAACAAAAACCAAAAGCCAAAAAACAACAAAAAAAUAAAUUGAAAAAGCAAAUACGAUAGAAUCUGCAUGCGAACUACAUAUAAAAUAAAGUGAAAUGAAGUGAGCGCGAUGCAGAGGCAAACCAAAAAAGAGAGGGCGAGGUGCGCAAAAAGAGUAACUACCGAUAUGUAACGAUGCAUAAUUAAUUAGGCUAAUUAUUUACACACACAACAAUGCCAAAACCAGAAAAAGAAUUACAAAAACAUAAAAUAUAAAGUAAUGCGGAGCGAGCAGCAGAAACCGCAGAAAGGGCAUCAUUGUAAUGAGAUUAUUUGGUUUUGAUUGGCAAGUUCAUGGACAGCCAAUAACAUCAACAUCAAAGUGUGUCCUGUGUCCGGAUCCCAUUUUGAGGUUUGGAGUAUAGGGCUUUAAUUAGCUGAAUCCGGAAGGAAGUCCGUGUUGGUUUCAAGAGCAUCAAUUGCCUUUUAGGGAGAUUAUAUUGAAAUGGAUUUCCGAUUUAAUCGGGUUGGUUUUAACUCACCAUAAUCAAGCCCUUCCGUUAUUGCAUAAACAUAAACAAAUAAAUGUCAGCGAAAUAAUCAUUAUCCACUUACUCGAUUUUAAUUUACAAUUUCCAGUUCAGGAGGUUAAAUAUAUAGAGGAGGCUAUCGAUUCCGGACAAAGAACACACCCGAAUAUCGUUAAUAUUUCGAUAUUAGUGUUUCGAAACUCACACAAACAAUUCACAUGACAAAAUCAAAUGUGCCGAACUUUUGUAGCAAGCCAACACAAUUUACAAAGAGAAACGAACAAUUUAUACAAUGCCAAUAUGGUGAUUACAGCAGAAUAUAUAUGUAACCUUUUAAACGAUAAAACCAGAAUAGUUUUAGUCCUAGUCGAUACAUAUAUAGUCGAUAUAUAUAUGUGUAUGUAUAUUUUUUUCGUGUGUGUGUAUGGAGAAUUUAGACGAAAAAUGGGGACUUCAACUCCAAGCAAAUGAGAACUAAAUGGCUAACGAUAGACAUAAGUGAAUUGGCAAACUAGACGAAUGCAGAUCGGUAUAUUUGCCCCACAUUAAUGGUAUACACACAUAUAUACAUCAUUGAUAAAAUAUAGAAAAACAGAACCUUAACUCUUUGAAAACCAAAAAAAACUCUUAGAAGUAAAGCCAAAACCAGACGGAAUAAUAAAAAUAAAGCCGAGAUCCGUGCACUGCAAGUGGCGCGUUAUAGUGUAAGUAGUAGGAAUUAUCUAUGCCCCGGAAUAUAGUGACGGGGUCGUUUAUAUAUAGGUGGAACAUAAUCCCUGGCUAACGAUUAACCACUUUUGUUGUUUACGUUUGUUCCAAUUGUUUUAUUGACAAUUAAACCCGGUGGUCAAGCAAAGGAUGCCAACGAGAAAAUAUUAUGAAUAUUAUAAAUGAAUAACCCGAAAAAAGGAAACUACUCGUAAAUCAAAUAUAAAAGUUAGGAAGAGCGUGCAGAAUUUUUUUUUGGGUCGAACGAAAACAAAAGAAAUAAGUAAAUGUGAUUGUUAUUUAACCUUAAGUUAUUAUUAAAAAAGAAAAAAAAACCUAACUUAAAAUGAUAUGUGUGUGUGUGCGUUUAAGAAAGUAGAUGGCCAAACGAAAUGAAAUAAAGCGAAAUGAAACGAAACGAAUGGCAAUGGAACGCUCAAAAGCAAGGCAAGCGAUAAGCGAGCGAUAAACGAUUAACGAUUACCGAUUAACGAUAGCUGGCAACUAGGCGGGAGCAGGCUAAAAAGAAAAGCGGGAACUUACCCGAAAAUAAAUGAGAAUCCAAUAUUAAGAACGAUUGCAACCGAAACCAAAAUGAGAAAUACACACGAACAGCAAAGUCAA